AAUGUACGAAUGAUUUUGUUGGUACGCGACCCACGUGGCACAAUGCAAUCGCGCAAACAUCGCGAUUGGUGUGCCGGCAACAGGGAUUGUGAGAAUCCGCGUUACGUGUGCGAAGAUCUGGUGGCCGAUUAUCAUGCAGCUGUGGAACUACUAAAAGAACAUCCAUCACGUUUCAGAACUUUGCGUUAUGAGGACCUCUCGCUGAAUACCUACGAUAUGACUCAAGAGGUGCUACAAUUCUAUGGACUGCCAUUCGAUCCUCUAGUUGAAGAAUUCCUCGAUACGCAUACAAAAGUAAAUAUCGGCGGUGUUAGCUCGACAUAUCGCGACUCCAAGUCGGCACCAUUUCAUUGGAAGCAAGAUCUGCGGGUGGAGGAGAUCCAGUAUAUACAAAACAGCUGCGAGGAGGCCAUGCAUUUAUGGGGUUACCGCAAGAUUGAAAAUUUCACGGACUUCCAGCCAAUAACAUUCGAUCCACUUGAACUACCACCACCGUUAUCGUGAAGUGCUCUAAAUAUCGUUGAAUAUUUCAAUUAGGUUACAUUUUUUAAAUCUUAAAUCUUGUGUCUCCUAAUCUACAUAUAUUUUUAUCUAUCUCGCUUAUACAAUAUUAUUUUUUUUUUUUCAUACCAUUUUGUUGUGAUAUAUCGAAGAAGUUAAACAUAUAAAAAUGUUACUAAGUUGACGCGAAAAACGUCGACGAGAAUAAGAAUGUAUUUAAUAUUUGUAAUUAUGAAUGCGUAUUUAGUAUUAAGAAAAUUUAGAGUCUUAAGAAAAGUUGUUUAGCGCAAAAACGAUUUAAUAUUGGGGCCGUGAGAAGUGAACGAAACAAGAGCAUUUACAAGGGUUAGCUAGCAGCAAGCAGAAUGUGUAAUCUCGAAUGGAAAUCCGAGUCCGCCCAGGCCUAUACCAGUUGCACACACUUACAUACUAAAUAUAUACGUAUCAGCAGUGCGGCACUGUAGUAGUGAAAUUCUUCAAUAAUCUGUAGUUAUCAUAAGUAAAUAUUAUGUUCGCAUACUUAAAAUGGAAACAAAAAAUUAAGAACGAAAACAACUCGAAUUAAUAAUAUAUGUACUACAUACAUACAUACAUACAUACUUACUUAUGUACUAUUACCACGCGUAGAUAUUUUUACACCGCAUAGUUUUAGGCGUUACGAAUUUUUUGCAAUCAGUUAAAAUCACUAAGUAUACUAAUUAGGUAUGUAAUUAAUUAGUUAAAUAAUUUUUAAAUUGACGCAUUCAUUACGAUGACAAGCUAAUUUCAAAAUAAUUUCGAUAAAUAAAAUUUUAUACUAAGGAGAAUAAAAUGUAAAGAAAAACAAAAAUGUUUCUAAAUGCACACAAUUAAAUGCAUAAAAAACCAAAAAUGAG